AUGAAGGUCACUACCAUAGAGGAAGCACAUUAUAUUACUACAUUAAAACUUGAUGAGUUAUUUGGGUCUCUGCUUACGUUUGAAAUGGAUGUAUCUGAUAGAGAGAACAAGAAAGGCAAGAGGAUCGCUUUUAAAUCCAUAUAUGAAGAAGAGACAACAAUGAAUCAAUCUGAUAACGAAGCCAACAUGGAUGAGUCAAUAGCUCUACUAACAAAGCAGUUCUCUAAAGUAGUUAGGAAAUUCAAAAAUAUGAAUACUAUAGGAGCGAAUGCUAAAAAUUCAAAUCAAUAUCGAAGGAAAGAUGAAAUCGAUUUUGGAGACGAAAGUGAAUGUUUCGAAGAAAAUUAUGAUGAAGAACUGACUUUUGAGGAACUUAAAGUGUUGUGGAAGGAAAAUUCUGAAGCCAGAGCAAUACAAAAAGAAAGAAUUCAAGACCUUAUGGAAGAAAAUGAACGAUUAAUGUUUGUCAUAUCAUCUUUAAAGCUGAAAUUGAAAGAAGUUCAGAAUGACUACGAUCAGACGAUAAAAUUUGUGAAGAUGUUGAAUUUAGGAACUGAAAAUUUAUACUUAAUAUUAAAUUCAAGACAGAACAGUUCAAGUAAAUACGGUCUUAGUUUUGAUGCUUCAGUAAGAAGUGUUAAACCUACAACUAAAAUAAAGUUUGUUCUUGCUUUAGUAAAAGACGAAACUGAAACAGUUCCUACAAUGAUAGUUGUUAGUCCUCCAGCUAAAACUACAAGAUGGAUUUGUUAUUACUGUGCCACAAAUGAUGCGUGGUACUUUGGUAGUGGAUGUUCUAGACAUAUGACCGAAAACAAGUCAUUUUUCUCUGAGUUAAAGGAAUGUGUCUUGGGUCAUGUUACGUUUAGAGAUGGUGCAAGAGGAAGAAUCAUAGCUAAAGGAAACAUUGAUAAAAAUAAUCUACCUUAUCUAAAUGAUGUUAGAUAUGUGGAUGAAUUAAAAGCAAAUCUGAUUAGUGUGAGUCAGUUAUACGAUCAAGGUUACAGUGUGAAUUUUAGCAAAGCCAGUUGUGUUGUAGUUGACAAAGAUAAUCAUAUGUUUAUGAGUAGUAGUCGACAGGCAGAUAAUUGUUACCAUUGGAUCUUUAAUAACUCUCAUAUAUAUCACUCAACUAAAGAAGAUCAAACCUGGUUGUGGCAUAGAAAAUUGGGGCAUAUUAGCUUAAGGAGCAUAGAUAAAGCUAUAAAAAAUGAGGCUAUGGUAGGUAUUCCAAAUAUAGACAUCAAUAGUAAAUUCUUUUGUGGAGACUGUCUAAUUGGAAAGCAAACCAAAGUGUCUCACAAAAGUUUAAAAGAAUGUUCCACAAAUAGAAUUCUUGAACUACUACAUCUGGAUCUUAUGAGGCCGAUACAAAUUGAAAGUCUUGGAGGCAAGAAGUAUGUAUUUGUUGCUGUGGAUAAUUUUUUCAGAUUUACUUGA